CUCAGCGGACACACGGAGAGGUUGUGGCGUGGCCGGGGCCGGAGGCAGAGCCGGCGGCGAGGGGCCGGCGAGCAUGGCUUGGGGCGAGCUCAGCCUCCUCCGCUGGCUGCGGGAGAGUCGGCAGUCGCGGAAACUUAUCCUCCUCAUCGUCUUCAUCGCCCUGCUGCUGGACAACAUGCUGCUCACCGUAGUCGUGCCAAUAAUUCCCAGUUACCUUUACAGCAUCAAACAUGAGAAAAAUGCUACAGAAAGCCAGACUACUAAGCCUAACAUAGUGUCAGCAACGAUGGACAAUUUCCAGAGCAUCUUCUCCUACUAUGACAACUCAACAAUGGUUACUGGAAACGAAUCUGAUAAGACAGGACCCAGAGAGUUGCAUCAUACUCAGACAGAACAAAUGAUAGUAAAUGUGACUCCCACCCCAUCUGACUGCCCUAAGGAAGAUAAGGACCUGCUGAAUGAAAAUGUUCAAGUUGGUCUCUUGUUUGCUUCAAAAGCAACAGUGCAACUAAUCACUAACCCCUUCAUAGGGCCGCUGACAAACAGAAUAGGCUACCAGAUUCCACUGUUUGCUGGCUUCUGCAUCAUGUUUGUGUCAACAAUCAUGUUUGCCUUCUCUGGAAGCUACACGUUACUGUUUAUUGCCAGGUCUCUUCAAGGAGUGGGUUCCUCUUGUUCUUCAGUGGCAGGGAUGGGUAUGCUUGCCAGUGUCUAUACAGAUGAUGAAGAGAGAGGCAACGCCAUGGGAAUUGCACUAGGAGGCCUUGCCAUGGGAGUAUUAGUGGGCCCACCUUUUGGGAGUGUGAUGUAUGAGUUUGUGGGGAAGAGUUCUCCUUUCCUGGUGCUGGCAGCACUAGCUCUGUUGGAUGGAGCUGUUCAGUUAUUUGUUCUGCAGCCAUCCAGAGCACAAGCAGAAAGUCAGAAGGGGACACCGUUACUGACACUUCUGAAGGACCCAUAUAUCAUUAUUGCAGCAGGAUCAAUCUGCUUUGCAAACAUGGCAAUUGCUAUGCUUGAACCAGCACUACCCAUCUGGAUGAUGGAGACCAUGUGUUCCAAAAAGUGGCAACUUGGAGUUGCUUUUCUUCCAGCCAGUAUCUCUUAUCUCAUUGGGACUAAUCUUUUUGGGAUACUUGCCCACAAAAUGGGAAGGUGGCUUUGUGCUUUACUCGGGAUGUUGAUCGUGGGAAUAAGUAUUUUAUGCGUACCAUUCGCUAAAAACAUUUAUGGCCUCAUAGCACCAAAUUUUGGAGUUGGAUUUGCCAUUGGAAUGGUGGACUCCUCCAUGAUGCCAAUUAUGGGCUACCUCGUAGAUCUGCGUCAUGUGUCUGUCUACGGCAGCGUGUACGCAAUAGCUGAUGUUGCCUUUUGCAUGGGCUUUGCCAUAGGUCCGUCUGCCGGUGGGGCCAUCGCAAAGGCCAUUGGGUUUCCGUGGCUCAUGACCAUUAUUGGGAUUGUGGAUAUCCUCUUUGCUCCCUUGUGCUUCUUCCUUCGAAGUCCACCUGCCAAAGAGGAGAAAAUGGCAAUACUCAUGGAUCACAACUGUCCUGUGAAAACAAAAAUGUAUACUCAGAACAACAUCCAAUCCUACCCCAUAGGUGAUGAAGAAGAAUAUGAAAGUGAUGAAUAACAUGAAAAGCCAUAUCACAUGUUUUGGUGUACAAAAUGCAGUCUUUCCUGUGAAACAUCUCAUCCAAAAAUAGGUUUUAGUUGUCUUGUACAUUUAAUAGUGAAAUGGUCAGAAAAACACCAAAGGUAUAUUGUUCCUCACCCAUGGUUAUAAAGCAGACUGCUAACUGCCUUAUAAGGGGGGAAAAGCUUUUCUAGAGGAUUUGUAUAGUGGUAAUCUUUAUUUUGUGUAUUUAAUUUUAUUGGAUAUUAUACUAUUUUUUAUUAAAUGUGCAGUAUAAAUCUGUAUAAACAUGUGAAUUUUAACCUUGUUUUUAAAGUCAACUCACUGACAUAGGAGUUUUCAUAUUUGGAGCCAAGAGCCUUGGGUCUUAUCUAAUUGGAAGGAGAAAAAAACCAAAAAGCAAAGCUCCAAGAAAACCUAUCCCAUUUGCAUCUUUUAAAAUCAUACCCUGGUCAGUACCUUGAGAGGAGCUGAAGGCUGGAAUUCAGAGUGUGGAUGUCACUGUCACUUUCUUUUAUCAUCCUUAGGUUAUAUAUUAGUAAAAUUUAAGACAGUGCUUCUUUGCCAAUUAAGAAAAAAAAGAGUUAUCCCUGAACCACUCAUGGUUUGUUGGAGGAAACAGUAUUUUAAACAGAUUAGUGUACUGCUGUUAGCCAGUACUAUUAUUGAAGUGUUAGUUAGUUAACCAGUUGUGCAAUAUGAACCCCAAAACACACACCGCCAAACAAAGAAGUUAUGAACGUGCCCUGUUCCUCUCUCAAAGGAAACAUAAGAACAGCAUAAAGAUACUUAUAGUAUUUCUAUCUUUUCAAUCUUUUAACACUUUUCAACUUUGUUUUAGAUGCAUAUUAAGUAGCUGGUUAAAAGCUGCAGUAUCACAGCUAUUUAGUCUUAGUAUGUACUGAAAGUAAGCUGAGGAGCAGUUCAGACAAACACCUCUUUUACAUGCAGCUGCAUACACAGCUAGAAAUUUAACAUAUAUUUAUUUUUAAAAAAGGAGUUAAAAUAUCAACGUUGUUUAAAAUACAAGAAACAAAGAGACCUGAUUGUUGCCAGUGUCUCUUCAUGUUUGGGGACACAGCCUAAUAGAGGUGAAGCACUGUAUAAGGUAGUACCUACCUGCACUGAGAAAAACCAGGCUUUGAAAGCAAGCAUUUUGAAACAAUCCCCAUGUCCUUAUCACCCGUGGUGUAUCUUUUCAUUUGUAAAAUUAAAAUCUUUAUGUGCCUUCUUUCAUGUAAUUGCAGAUGCUUUAUGUACUACAGCAUAGAUACUAUGUUUACAUAUAGUUUUGUAAAGCAUAUAUACUAUGGUCAGAAAAUAUGAGAGAUAUAGUGGAUCAGACUUCACCUAUUGCUUUGUCAAUGAUUAUGCAUCAAAAUAAAGUUAUCUGAAAGAAAUCUAUCAUCUAUUGUAAUAA